CUCUCCUCCUGGUUAGGCAAAGAGCCAUGACCUCUUCUACAUCUGGUUGACGAAGCUGUGUGCACAUCGUGUGUUCAGGAAGAACGAGGCGAUGAGCGUCCAUCAUGGCGUCCUCCACGCUCUCUCCAUGGGCCCCAGCACUCUGCCCGCCAUGGCUUCUCUAGCCCAGUCCAACAGAGCCACGCCUCCUCACUAUGCCAGCUCGGCAUCAGUUUACCACCAAGAGAUGAGAAGCCCCGCUCCCGCCGUGGCCUCUCACCCAGGGGUGACCAGCAAGGUGUCAGCGUGGCUGCAGCAGACCCAAGACAUCGACGCCACCUCCAACGACUUGGCUCGCUGUCAGGUGGAGCUGACGGAGCUGGCCCAGCUCAUCCAGAGGCUCCACUGGCUGGAAGGAGGCCUGCCCAUCACCAACACAGACCUGGAGAUGAGAAUCAGCAUGCAGAAUCUGUCCCUGGAGAAACCCAAGAGGAAGACGGGGAAAGGAUUUGGUCACUCUAGGACCAUGUCCCGCGUCGAAGCCAUGGGGGGAAUGUUCACCUCCAGCCACCUCAGUACCAACGGCAGUGGAGCAUCUGUUAAGUCCAUCCCAGACUACGUUUACUCUCAGCUGUCCAACCCUCAGGUCUCAUCGCCCGAGGCCAAGAAGCUCCACCAGGACAUCUGCAGCUCCUCUCAGAGAGGUACAGCUCUCUCAGCCUAAUGACUGCUCUCUCACUCUAUACUGGGA